AUGGAUGUUAACUCUCCAAAACCCAAUGUCCCGAAGCGACUGUCGGGCCCAUUCCCGUCUGGGCGAGCCCCGUCCCCGGGGCGAGAUCCUCGGCUUGGUAGCAUUGCUCGACAGGCCACUGGUCCUCAGACGUCAAGUACACAACAGACACACCAGCCGACUUCCACAAAUCCUCCUCUAGCUCCGAGGCCUCGCCCGAGAUCUCCCCCACGAGUCCCUCCUCCCUCGAUCGCCAACAAUGCGAAGGGCUCCAAGCCCACAGAAAGCCAAGAUGCCCCCAGUCAUCAAGGCGCGCUUUCAAUCUCAGACCUAGUCAACUCUCUUAUCAAAGUGAAUAAGGGCGAGGAACAAAGGGAACGACUUGAAAAGGAAAUAGCUUCCAUUACCAAAAAUCUAAACAGGGCGAAACAAGCCCAGCAAUUUCCGAGCACCAUUGCUCUCUUCCAGCAGCAGCUGGAUGCAGCCGAAACUGAAUUGGCUAACCAUGUCAAAUCGAUCACUCAAAACCAAUCUUUCUCGAAUCAGGCUCAGCGAGACUUAUUUGCAUCCUCAUCGCCGUCCAAGGCUCAGUCAUCGCUCGAACAGCUACCCGAGAGAGUUAAGAAACUGGAGUUCCAAUUGAACGGAAUCGCACAAACUGUUGGUUCAACUGCCAGCAUGGAGAAUUCCACCAAAUCAGACGCGGAAUUGACAGAUCUCCGAACGACCUUGCAAAGCCGGGACCAGAAUAUUACUGCAAUCACAGAAAAGCUGCAGAAAAUGGAAACUGCACUCCAAAAUCCUAAUGGACUUUCUGAAGCGUUAGAAUACAUCGGUAGAAUUGCGAACUCAGUCGGUCUCCAAUCAAAACGGAAUGCCCUCUUUACGGCCCGAGUUAUAACACUGGAGACCAAAGUGAAAGAUGUCGACAAAACCACCGAGGAGAAGGUUUCUACUGUCCGGAACAUGGUGGACGCCAUUGAGGACGAAAUGAAGGAUUGGAAUAAGCAGACAGAGGAGCACAUAUCAAUUCUCACUGGCAAAGUCCAAACUAUAAAACAGGAUGUCGAGGGGAAACUUUCUUCCCUCGGAGCCGAUCUCAGUUCGCUCAAAACCCAAGGUCCUACCUCUAGAAAUAGCGUGUUCACUCAUGCUUCGCAACUCGAGAUUGACCUAGAAGCUCAGAAAAGGCAGGCUAUAGAGCAGAUCGCUGCCCAAGAGGAUGUGCUCGCCUCACUUAAAAGCCAGCAGCAGAAUCUUAGUGACGGCGAUCGGCCAUCUUCAGGAGCCGCAACUCCAACUGGCACUGGCGCGCUGCAUUCAAGACUGACAUCGGUGGAGCAGAAGAUCAAGAUCCACGGAGAUCUUCUUACCAAUAUCAAGAAUCUCCACAGUGAGGUAGAUCGUCUCCGUCUGUCAGAACUGGCGACCGUACGCACUAGUCAAGCGUCGAGGCACGAUAUGCUGGAAAAGAAACAAGAUGUGCUGGAAAAGCAACACGCUAACACCUCAAAGAUGGUGGAUGACCUGACCAAAAAAUCGGAGGAAAUAUUCCAUAAGCAUGCAACACUGGAUAAGAGCGUUGCUGGGAUUCGGAAUAGCUUGUCAAAGGACGUGCAGCAGCUUCAAACCAACCUUCGGAACGCACUGAAUGGAGUCCAAACUCGCCUUAAUGCAGUUCCCGACCUUUCUCAGACUGCAGCGAAGCACGCGGGUCUGAUUGAAACUCACUCCAAGGGAAUUCGGUCAUUGGAACAACGAUGGGCAAACAUCACCACUUCCGAGUUGGUCAAUUCCAUGGCACGUGCCAUGCAGGAAAUGUAUCCCUCUGUCGAUCAGCUCGCUCAACAAUUCGCAGCCCAUCGAAGUGAAAUUGAGAACAGAAUUUCCACACUCAAGGAAAAUACAGCAAAAGCCCAGAUAGAUGCACAAACUGCUUUGGCCAAUGGAGACAAGUCUCAGGAAACACAGGUGUCACCCGAGCAGCUCCAGGAUCUGAAACAGCUUCCGAAUCUGCUCCUGAAAGUCCAAGAACUUUCAGACAAGCUUACGCCCCUUGAUGAACUUGUUAAGCAGCAUGCCCGUGAUUUACAGAGUAAUCUUGAAGCUCGGAAUGACCUACAGAACAAGCUCCAGGCUCAGGAUGACUUCAUCACAGACGUUGAUGGAAAAGUCGAGGAUAAGCUGGGAGAGUACGAAAACUUCACCGAGUCUAUCAAUAGGAUCCAGCCGUUGACUAACAAGGUCGAUGCGUACAUCUUACAUCUUGAAGAGUUCCGGAAGGAGCUCGAGAAGUUGACUAAAGCCUCUGAAGACUGGAAGACCAAUAAGAGCGAAGAUGUCAACGAUAUCAAAGCUCAUACCUUGCAACUUCAACGAGUCCAAAAUGAAAUUUCCGAGCUGACUAAAAUCUCCAAGGGACGGACAGCAAAUGAGCAAGCAGACCGUGACAAGUUCCAGCGUCACGUCUCGCAACUUGAGCAGGCCCAAAAAGAGGUCAAGGAUUGGAUAGAAAGCUUGAAGCAAGAGAAAGCCAAUAGCAACCAAGACCUUGAGAAGCUCAAUGAUCAUAUCUCGGAACUCAAAGAGCUUCAAAGCACAGUUAAAGGAUUGGCUGAAGCAGGAAAGCCGAUCCCAACCGAUAAUACAGAUCUUAAUAAGCUCUGCUUGCGACUGACAACUUUGGAAAAUCAAAUGCCAAAGGUAUUGGAUGAAAGCUUCAAAGAUCCGGAGGGGGGAUUGGAUAGCCUGGAAAAGGAACUCCAGCACCUGGAGAAGGGAUUUAAAGGCAUAGAGGAAUCAAUGAGGGGCUAUCUCAAACGUUUGAGAAAGGCCGAAGACGCUGUGAAGACCAUAAAAGACGCUGGAGCUGAAGCAAAUGAUGGGCAAUCAAGUUCCCCUUCAUACAUACCUUCUUUCGCUCCAAACAAUACCACAACUCCCAAAACAAUCCCCAUGGGACCUACGCUAGGUCGAUACCAGCCAGGCAAAAGCGAUGGGACGGCCCAGCUCGGCAGAUAUGAGCCAAUGUCUCCCAACCCCAAACAGUCCAAGCACGUGCGAGCUCAAUCGCAAGUGCCUAGUGGAGCCAGCGGCUAUUCAUUGCCACAUCAAGGCAAAACUGCAGAAAACCGCCAGGUUCAAAAUUUGAAGGGAAAGCGUCGAAUGUCAUCUGGACCUAGCUCUGAUGAUGAAGGAGACUCACAUUCAUCCUCUCCGGCGGUGGACUCCUCGCCGGCUCCUAGUUCUUCUGCCCCGCCGUUUUGGAGUCCAGACCCCAGCAAGAAGGAUAAGAAGAGGAAGAAGAGAGCGGCUCAGGCCGAAGAAAGCGCUAAGGCUAUGAAAAGAGCCAAAAAGCGCAAGCAAACUCCAAGAGAAUAA